GAUUCCCUAAAACACAAAACUCAUCCUCUGUGAUUGGUUGGGGCUCAGCGUGCUCCAUUGUUCCGUCAGCCCGUUUGUCCGCUUGGUUUCCUACGCACAAACAAAACUUUCCUGCCUGUACUGCGCAAUAUUGGGCUCCACGGUGCUUUGACAAACCCAAAAUAUUGGAAUCUCUGACUUUUUCUGAGGGGAGAAAGAUAAAGUCAGUGCUUUUUCGGCAGGAUGUACAGCUUCAUGGGAGGAGGGUUGUUCUGUGCCGGAAUCGGGAACAUACUACUCAUUGUCUCUACUGCAACUGACUACUGGAUGCAGUACCGUCACUCCAGCAAUUACAUGCACCAGGGCCUGUGGCGGUACUGUGUGCCUGGGAAAUGCAUGACACACACAGACAGUAUUGCGUACUGGGAUGCCACCCGGGCCUUUAUGAUUCUUUCCCUGCUGGCUUGUUUCAUCGGCAUUGUGAUCGGUGUCAUGGCCUUCAUCCACUACUCCUCCUUUGACGGGUUUGACAAGACAUUUGCAGCCGGCAUUCUGUUCUUCAUCUCCUGCUUCUUUGUGUUACUGGCCAUGGCUGUCUACACAGGAGUGACAGUGAACUACUAUGGCAAACGCUAUGGCAGCUGGCGAUUCUCCUGGUCCUAUAUAAUGGGCUGGGUGGCAGUGGUGCUCACAUUCUUCUCAGGUAUGCAUCCUAACAGAUUAACUAAUCAAAAAACACAUCGAUGUGCCUCGUUCUCAUGUUUUAAUUCUGUUCUCGGUAAUGUGAUUGUUCUCUUCUAG